AUGUCGGAUAUUCAAUUAAGCAAUCUUAAGUCUGGAGAAGGCUUAGUGGAGUCAUUCGACACUAUCGAAGUGACAAAUGACUCCAAAGUCGGUAACUCCUCCAGAGAUGGCCUUUUUCACAGAUUCGUCGACUCUUUCAAAAAACCAGAAGAGGUUGAAGUGACUCAGGACGACAUCGAACAACUGGACAACGAUGAGUUUGACAGUAAACACAAGAGUCUGAAGCAAAACAUUAAGCCUAGACAUGUUCUUAUGAUCUCACUGGCAACCGGUGUAGGUACCGGUAUGCUGGUCGGUAACGGUAAAUCCCUGCAUAACGGUGGUCCGGCCGGUCUGAUUAUUGGUUAUCUGAUUGUAUCCACCAUGUUGUACUGUGUUAUUCAAUCGGCCUCUGAAUUGGCAAUGAUUUAUACGUCUUUGUCGGGUGGUUUCAACGCCUAUCCUUCGCUACUGGUGGAUCCAGCAUUCGGAUUUUCCGUCGCAUGGGUGUAUUGCUUGCAAUGGUUGUGUGUUUUGCCCUUAGAGUUGGUGACUGCAUCCAUGACCAUCAAGUAUUGGAACACGUCGAUCAAUCCCGAUGCCUUUGUGGUGAUCUUUUACGUGGUUCUAGUUACUGUUAACUUUAUCGGUUCUGCUGGUUAUGCUGAAGCUGAGUUCUUUUUCAACACUUGUAAAGUAUUGAUGAUCAUCGGUUUCUUCAUUUUGGGUAUCAUCAUCAACUGUGGUGGUGCCGGUACUGACGGUUACAUCGGUGCCAAGUACUGGCGUGAUCCUGGUUCAUUUGCAGGUGAUAAGCCUAUCGAUCACUUCAAAGGUGUUGUCGGUGUUUUUGUUAAUGCAGCUUUUGCCUACGGUGGCUCGGAGUUUUCUGUUUUAACUGCCGCUGAACAAUCCAACCCAAGAAGAUCAAUUGCAAGUGCUUCGAAAAAGUUGCUAUACCGUAUCAUUUGUAUUUACUGUGGUACUGCUAUCUUAUUGGGUUUCCUAGUACCUUACAACUCCGAUGAAUUAUUAGGCUCUAGUGGUUCAGCAACGCAUGCUUCUCCAUUCGUUAUCGCUGUUGCAUCUCAUCACGUCAAGGUUGUUCCUCAUUUCAUCAACGCAGUCAUUCUUUUGUCGGUUUUGUCGGUUGCAAACUCUGCUCUAUAUUCUUCUUCAAGAAUCUUGUUGUCUUUGGCAGAACAAAACUAUGCGCCAAAGUUCCUAACAUACGUCGACAGAAGGGGAAGGCCUUUGUUGGGCUUAGUUGUAAGUUGCAUCUUCGGAUUGAUUUCAUUUGUGGCCGCAUCUCCAAAAGAAGAAACUGUGUUCACUUGGUUGCUUGCAAUUUCUGGUUUGAGUGAGCUUUUCACUUGGAGCGCAAUCGCACUAUCUCACAUCAGAUUCAGAAAGGCUAUGCAAGUACAGAACAGAUCCCUCGGAGAGUUGGGAUAUAUCUCUAAGACCGGUGUUUGGGGUUCUUACUAUGCUAUUGCAUUGAACAUUUUAAUCCUAAUUGGCCAAUUCUGGGUUGCUAUUGCUCCAAUUGGCGAAGGAAAACUAGAUGCAAAUGCCUUCUUUGAAAAUUACUUGGCAAUGCCAAUCUUGAUCUUCUUAUACCUGGCAUACAAGGUCUGGAAAAAGGAUUGGAAACUAGUUAUCCCAGCAGAGGAGAUUGAUCUCAUAUCGCAUAGGAAAAUUUUUGAUGAAGAGGUCUUGAAGAAUGAGCUCGAGGAGGAAAAGGAAAGAAUAAAGAACUCUUCGUUCAGCGUUCGUAUGAAUGCGUUCUGGUGUUAA